AUGUUCACGGACAGCUUAUCGACGGCGGUUGCGCCUGUACAACCGAGCACAUCCAGAGCGUAUCAUGCAGGUGGGCUAGUUAAAAUACGUGGCCUUGAGUAUAAUCGGGCCGAAACGAUGGAUCAGUGCAUAAAAGCACUGGAACGAAAUUCGCUGCCGACAUUUCCCGAUACAAGUAAGUUACCUUUCGUUUUCUAUGCCAUAGCGUAG